AUGAGCGGAACCGCCGCACCGUUACUGCUGCUGCUGCUGCUGCUGCUCGGCGGACGUGCUGCCUUCACAGUCUGCAGGUCCCUGAACGCACCACAGGAUGGAGAGCUUCUGCGUCCACGCGGUACCGGCAGCCUUACUGUAACAGGUGUGGACAGCCUGCGGCGGCCCUCCCUGCUGGAGACGACCCGUCCCUUCGUGCUGGUGGACGGACAGAGGCUGAGCCUGGCCGAGGCGCUGCAGGAGGGCCACCCAGACAGGUUGCUUUGUGGCUUGGAGGUGGGAGGACGGCUUCUCCUGCUGGACCUGGACAAGAACUACAACCUGUUGCCCAAACCACCAAACGUGUUCUACUACCUGCCCAAUGGUACCGGCGUGUCUGUGAGGGCCGACCCAGUGACCCACUGCUUUUACCACGGUAGCGUUCGAGGAUUUCCUCAGUCCAGAGCUGCUCUGAGCACCUGCUCUGGACUCCGCGGCAUCAUCGCCAUCAACUCAACGCUGAGCUUUGAGCUGCAGCCACAGGAUGACGCUCAUCAUUCCCCCCAGCAAGGGGAGGCUGACGGGGGAGACGGGAGUGGAGGAGGAGCUGCAGACGAGGGCGUCCACCUGGUGACCUCCACCAGCCCUCAGGAGGCCGACGCCGUCGGAGGCUGCGGCGUUUCGCUCGCCGCUGUUCCUCCACUCAGCAGCUCCACACACACACACAGGAGGAAACGAGACAUCCUGUCCGAGACCAAAUACAUCGAACUGGUACUGGUGGCCGAUCAUCAGGAGUUUCUGAAUUAUCAGAAAAACAAUAGGACCAUCAUCUACCGCAUGCUGGACUUGGCCAACCAGGUGGACUGGUUCUACCGUCCUCUGAACGUACGCGUGGCUCUGACCGGUCUGGAGAUCUGGAGCGACCGCGAUAAGAUCCGAGUGCAGAAGAGUCCGACAGACACCCUUAACAACUUCCUGGAGUGGAGGACCAGAGAGCUGCUGCCGCGCAUUCGUCAUGACAACGCCCAGCUGGUCAUGGGCGGGGCCUUUGACGGCACCACGGUGGGGAUGGCGUCUCAGUCGUCCAUGUGCUCCAGGGACCGGUCGGGUGGCGUUAACGUGGAUCACCUGGUCAGCGUUCUGGGCGUGGCCUCGACUGUCGCCCACGAGCUCGGUCACAACCUGGGGAUGAACCAUGACACUGCAGAGCGACGCUGCUCCUGCCAGAACGAACCCCGGCUGGGCGGCUGCAUCAUGGAGCCCUCCACCGGGUUCAUGCCGGGGCAGCAGUUCAGCAGCUGCAGCGCUGCAGAUCUGUCUGUCAGUCUGCUACAUGGAGGAGGCAUGUGUCUGUUCAACGUCCCGCAGCCGGAGCGGCUGCUGGGAGGACCGCGCUGUGGAAACCUGUACGUGGAGAAGGGGGAGGAGUGCGACUGUGGCCUGCUGGAGGAGUGUGAGGACCCAUGCUGCAACGCCUCCACCUGUCAGCUGGUUCCUGGAGCCCAGUGCUCAUCCGACGGCAUCUGCUGCCGGGACUGCAGACUGCAGGCGGCCGGUUCAGUUUGUCGCCAGCCCCUUGGAGAAUGUGACCUCCCCGAAUUCUGCACUGGCUCCUCUGCUUACUGCCCCCCCAACGUCUUCCUGCAGAACGGAGAGCCCUGUGAGGACGGCGCCUCCUACUGCUACGAGGGGGUCUGCUCCAGCAUGCUUUCCCAGUGCCAGGUGUUGUGGGGACCCAAUGCCACCAGCGCUCCGGCCGUCUGUUUCUCAUCUGUCAACAAACAGGGAAAUAAAUAUGGGAACUGUGGUCAGCUGAACAACGGCUCGUACAUCCCCUGUGGAAGCUCCGACGUUCACUGCGGUCGGAUCCAGUGUCAGGGGGGGAGUGAGCGCCCCCUGCUGGGCACCAACGCUGAGAUCCUCACCACCACCGUGCGCUUCAACAACAGCGACCUGGUCUGCAGAGGAACCCUGUUCCACCUGGGAGACGAUGUGUCGGACCCCGCCACCGUGGCUCAGGGCACCGCCUGCGGCCCCAGGAAGGCUUGUUUGGACCAGAAGUGUCAGGACGUGUCAGUGUUCGCUGUGGACGAAUGUCGCAGAAAGUGCAACGGUCGCGGGGUGUGUAACAGCAAUAAAAACUGUCACUGUGCUGUCGGCUGGGCUCCGCCAGACUGCAGGUACUCUGGUCACGGAGGCAGUGUGGACAGCGGCCCGGCCAGAGCUGCUGGAGAGUCUGAUCCGGUUCAGGUCGCUCUGCUCGUCACCUUCCUCUUCAUCUUGCCAGUGCUGCUCCUAUUCUUGGCUCUUCGAUUCCCUCGUUUCCGUCGGCGUCUGUUCUGUCUGGGACCAAACAGCCCGUUUCACAAAGCUCGACAGCACAACCGUGUGACGCACUGCGAGAUGUGGGGUCUGGAGUUUGACCCCGCCCACGUCUCAAGAACCCCAGUGAUGGAGCGAGUGGACGGCAGGAACGGAGAGCAGGUCCGGCCUCUCAGAUACCACUUGAAUCCACAGACGGACAUCCCACUGGCCCCGCCCCCUCAAAAGGUUCAUGACCGACCUGCUCCUCCUACUAAGCCUCUCCCCCCUGACCCUGCUCUAAAACCGCUGCCACAGUGUGUUAAACAGCGACCAGCCCCCCCCAACAAGCCUCUGCCCCCUGACCCCUACGCCCCCACCAGCCAGCUGGUGAGUCGACCAGCUCCGCCCACCAAGGCGCUCCCCCCUGACCCAGUCACAGCUGGACAGGUUGCAGUUCCUCUCAGACCCCUGGUGCCCAAAAAGCCUCAUCCUCUGGCUCCGGGUCACCUGCCCCCUCAUCCCGGAUACGCCUCCAGACCGGCACUGCACAGAGCUGUGGCACCUGCAGCCGGGCCCCACAGACGACCUCCUCUCCCACCGACUCGACCCACGGUCCCUCAGAGAGUCGACUCCUCUUCCGUUUAAAGGACCUGUGAGGACGCGCUAAUGUGCCUUGCUCAGCAGCAUCUUGGCGAAGACACUGACCUUAGGCCCAUAGUUGUGGGUUUUCACAAAGUGCUUGCGUUGUAAGCAGCAGGAGGUUGGGUGUCCAGGCCGUCUGGACAGGACUCAAACCCAUGACUGCAGUAAAGACCAUGAGGUGGAUUGGUUCCAAGGCCUCAUCAGGACUUUGAGGGGGAUUCUUGGAAACUACAGCAGCAGAUGCUUUUUAAGCAAAGUGACAAAAGGCAUCAAAUCGAAUCAAAUGACGAAUAACCGAUUGUCAGCACAAACUGCUGUCGAGUGAACGGAGGUACAUCAGGGUCAUAAAGGAGCUGAAAACAUGAAGGAGCAGGAUCUCAGUUGCCCCGCUGCCUUGUACUUCUUCAACCAGGUCGGUUGAAUAAUAUACUGUACACUCCAUUAUCUUACAAGGGCAGACCAUGCAAAAACCCAUGAAGACAGCUGGACCCUGGACCGGAACCAGGACCUUCGGAUCACUACACCCCAAAACCACUAAACAAACAGUCCACAGUUUUUUACCUUGUCGUUUACUGUAAGUCUGUUUUUAUGCCACAACUUUGAACUUUUUUCAAAAGUUUGGAUUCCUACUGAUCCCUGUGAAGCCGCCUCAUGCUGCUGAUGAGCUGGACCUGUUUCUUUUUGCUAACUCGCCCUAAGGUUUAUUCUGGGGACGCUAACGUGAGGCACCAGGAUGAAGCUCGGUGGGUCUGUGUUGGGCCCGUUUCCAUUUGAGAGGCACCAGUUCCUGCUGGACCUGGACCGGCACAUCCAGUGUGGACUCUAUACGCUAGCAUUAUUACCACCAAGCUUUACUGCUUUACGUCACUGUCGCACGUUGACGAGACUGUCAGUACGUCUGUCGGAUCGGUUCUGAUUGUUUAUGCUCGUUUUAAUAUCGUGUUUAUUGAUCCAUUAACGGGAUACAUGCUGUUAAUCGACGUGUAGCCGGAAAUGUCCUCAAUAAAAGUUUUUACUUGCUAA